AUGCUCUCGGUAGGUGCUCUCAGGCCAGCGGUCACCUGGGCUGGAGGGUGGGCAUACAGCUUCGUCGGUCAACCUCCGUCUUCCGUCUCGGGCCUUACCUUGGGCGAAGAUCCGCUAGUAGACAGCCAGUUCGAGGAGCCGGCAAACCUGGACAUGAUGCCAGAGGCCGGGGCGGCGUACUCGCUAGUCCCAUUCUCGUCGUCCACCGCGCCGCCGUCUGCCGCAGUCAUCAUCAUCGCAACGAACCGCCUGGGCCUACAGGACAGUUGGUGGGACUGGUGGGAAGAAACAGCUCCACCUCGCGUCGGUGACCCCGGGAGCAGGAAGAGUAUCGAGGUCGGCACGGCCUGUCACUUUUGCUUCGGGAUAAUAGUCUGGGACGCAGCUCACAAACCGAGACAGGCCUAA